AGCUGGGACUUGAACCAAGGGCCUUCUUGCUGUGAGGCAAGACCGCUAACCACUGUUCCACCGUGCAGUAUUAAUAUGAUAUUUUUAUCAUAAUAUUAAAAAAUACCUUUUUGUGAGUUAAAAAUGUUUUUUUUUAUUAUUAUUACCAUAAGCAUUAUUAGUAAAAGUAUUUUUUAUCCAUUGGGACUUUAAACUGGAUCCUCUUCCAUUGAAGUGGAACCUUCAACCUAAUCUUUUUUAAUCUAAAAAUGCCAUGGAAGCACACUGAAGGUUCUUAUUGAAUGGAAGUCACAGCAAUUUUUCCUGCACUAAUUAGAUUAACUUUGAUGAACUAAUGCUCUUUUGAUUAGCGCAGUGGCUUCACUGUAAGAGGAUCGAUCCAGUUAGCACGGGGUCUCUCCGGCUUCCCCAGAUCCAAAAAGAAUGGAAUCAGGUUUGAGAAUACGCAAAUAACAAAUUUCCCCACUGUGGGAUACAUAAAAGUAAGUUGUCAGCAGUUGUGCAGGAGCUAGAACUCAAACAUAUGUACAUAUAUACUAACACAACUCAGCGCUUGCAUGUGCUGGUCCCAUGUCCGGAUAAAUGCAGAGGGUUGUCGGAUUUGCAUCGGACAUAAAAACCAAACCAAAUCAAUCAUGAAUGGAACUUUCAAACUGAUAGGGUCGUGGUCCGCUUAACAAGGACCGCUGCCGGUGCUGUUGACCUACAGACUGGAGCUAGGACUAGGGUUGGUGGAGGAAGGAGUGGAUGAGGGCGCGUUCUUCAGUAGGAGCAGAAAAGGAAGGCAUGACUGAAGGACUUGUGCUGCGUUUACACCAAACUUGAUUUGUGCGGCACAUUCCCCUCUGCCGCCUUUUUUUGGCUACGCCGUGAAUUUGCUCCUUCUGGUGCAUCCAGAGGUCUGAUUCCCCUGACAUGAAUUCAUGUGUGGGAGGAGCUACUGUACUAAACGGUAUCAUUGAUACAUUACAUAUUGUAGUUCCCUCUGGAGAGCCUACGAAAUGCGCCGGCGAGCACGCCACAGUAUCAUGAGAUCCUUCAGAGACGCUCCCAGUACGUUGGGCUUCACCAUCGACUGCAGGAACUGCGUCUGAAUGACGGCCAACUACUAACUAAUGUCAACUCAUAUUUAGAACUUUGUAUUUCUUCAGGUGUGUCUCCAUUGGAGACUCCUUCAGGAGCACAGCUAGCAGCUUCAUGGUCUGCAGCUUCAUCCCUGAGGGGGUCACUGCCAUCUGGGAGAGCCUCGUGGGGGAGUUCAUGGCUGUACCUUCUGCAGAAGACUGGAGAUAGCAGAGGACGUCCGUCAGAGGAACUGCUGUGGAUCCCCAGAGGUCAGGGCCGCAGCUCCAGGACAGCGGGGGCUCUUUCAUGGUCCCCCCGUUCAGCAGAUGAACCCCUUCAACUCCAUGAAACCCUCCCUGCCUCCCACUCCACACAGAGCUGACGGAUCCUUCAUAAAUGAGCCAGUCUCCUGGCAACCAGGAACCAAUCAGCACGCAGGAUCUCUCUCUGUAGUAACCACAGUGUGGGGCGUGACCAAUCCCACGCAGAGCCAGGUGUUUGGUGCACCCAUGGGCCCUGGCGAGAGCUCCGGUGGUCACAUGAUGCCCGGCGGCAGCAUGGGCUCCCAGUUCAUGGGGCAGCAGUCGUACGGAGACGCCGUGUCUAAAGGCUACGGCCAGCCGGUCAUGUAUGGACGUCCCGGCGCGGCGUACAACCCUGGUUCAGCGUAUGGAGGAAGUUACUCCGGAAACGGCGGAGGUGCCGGUCUGGGCGUCCGGCCGGCCUCGGAUUUCACCCAGGCCGCAGCCGCCGCUGUUGCGGCCGCCGCCGCCACAGCGACCGCCACAGCUACGGCGACCGUGGCAGCGAUUCAGGAAAAGCAGAACCAGGAGCUGAGCUACGGCCAGAUGGGCGGAGCUUCCUCUUACAGCACCCAGUUCCUGUCUCAUUCGGGCCCCCGUGGCCCCCCAGGGAUGAACCCUGGCGGGAUGGUCCCCUCGCGACAUGGACAGCCGCCCCCCUCUGGGGGCUUGUACCAGUCUCACCCCGCUCAGACUCAGAGGAUGCCUCUGUACGGGGGCUACACGGGGGGGCAGCAGGGCCUGAAGCGGCCCUUCCCGUCGGAGGGUUUUCCGGGUCCGCAGUACGGUUCUGGGGGGAUGUCCGGGUAUCCCGGCCAGCCUCUGCAGUACCCCACCGCUCCACAGCAGCGAUGCGCCCCCUCACCCUCCUACCCCUCCAGCCGGAUGCCCCACAUGGGGCAGUACUCCUCUGGGUCGCACAAUCCGGGGCAGUUCCCCCCCAGCGCCGGCCAGCCCAACCCUCCCCCCCAGUAUUACAAGUCGGAGCCUUUCAACGGUCAGGGCGGUCUGCCGCCGGGGGGAGUGGGGGGCUACAACGCCUUCACCCAAGCAGCGGUGAACGGGCCGGCUCGAGGUGGCGUGAUGCCCGGGUACCCCAGCUCGCCAAUGGGAGGCAACCCCACCCCUCCCAUGACGCCCGGGAGCUCCAUACCCCCCUACCUCUCUCCAGGCCAGGACACUAAACCGCCAUACCUACCACCUGACUCCAAACCCAACAUCAGCGCCCAGCCGCCCCCUACAGGUAAUCCCAGCGACGACCUGCGGCUGACAUUCCCGGUCCGAGACGGCGUUGUGCUGGAGCCGUUCAGACUGGAGCACAACCUGGCCGUCAGUAACCACGCCUUCCAGCUCCGGGACCCCGUCUACAAAACCCUGAUGAUGAGGCCGGACCUGGAGCUGCAGUUCAAGUGUUACCACCACGAGGACAGACAGAUGAACACUAACUGGCCGGCCUCGGUGCAGGUCAGUGUCAACGCCACGCCUCUGUCCAUCGAAAGAGGCGACAACAAAACCUCCCACAAGCCCUUGUACCUGAAGCAGGUGUGCCAGCCGGGGCGCAACACGGUGCAGAUCACGGUGACGGCCUGCUGCUGCUCUCACCUGUUUGUGCUGCAGCUGGUGCACCGACCGUCCGUCAGGUCCGUCCUGCAGGGCCUGAUGAAGAAGAGGCUGCUGCCGGCCGAGCACUGCAUCACCAAGAUCAAGAGGAACUUCAGCAGCGGCACCAUUCCCGGGACGCCGGGCCUGAACGGGGAGGACGGCGUGGAGCAGACGGCCAUCAAAGUGUCCCUAAAGUGUCCGAUCACCUUCAGGCGGAUCCAGCUGCCGGCGCGGGGCCACGACUGCAGACACAUACAGUGCUUCGACCUGGAGUCGUACCUGCAGCUGAACUGCGAGAGGGGGACUUGGAGGUGUCCUGUGUGCAAUAAAACGGCGCUGCUGGAGGGGCUGGAGGUGGACCAGUACAUGCUGGGGAUUCUGGUCUACAUCCAGAACUCCGACUACGAGGAGAUCACCAUCGAUCCCGUGUGCGGCUGGAGGCCGGUUCCGGUCAAACCGGACCUGCACAUAAAGGAGGAGCCCGACGGUCCGGUCCUGAAACGCUGCCGCACCGUCAGUCCGAGCCACAUGGUGCUGCCCAACGUAAUGGAGAUGAUUGCGGCACUCGGGCCGGCGGCAUCGCCGUACCACGGUCUGACAGCAGGGGGCAGAAACACCCCCGACUACAGCCGGCCAGGGAGUCAGGGGUUUUCCAGCCAGUCUGGAUUCACAGACUUCCCUAACACUCCUGGAACGCCGACUCUCGGAGAGUACAGCUCUUCCGGACCCCCACCUCCGCUCCCAUACCAGCCUGACCAGACGCCUCACUCUGGACGGAUGGAGGCCGUUCUGCUGCAGCACCCCACGGGUGUCCAUGGCAACCAGGGCCACGGCGACGCCGGCAGCCCGCUGCCCCAGCGGACCGCCAACACCCAGAAUCCACGGCUGCAGGGCGAGGGCUCCUUCGGUCUGGGCGCUCCGGGGGGGGAAGGGGCGGAACACGCUUUAGACCUCCUCCCCGAACUCACCAACCCGGACGAGCUGCUGUCGUACCUGGGCCCCCCCGACCUCCCCAACAACAGCAGUGACGACCUGCUGGCGCUGUUCGAGACCAACUGAAGCUUCCGGCCUCCCAUCCGCCGUCGCCGGGUGAACGCCCUGCUCUGUGUGUGCGUGAGUGGCAGUGUUGUCGUGUGUCAUUCCGUUCUCUAAGCUGGACUCCGCCCACGCCGCCUGCGACACGUCGACUCAGAAGGUUUGACCAGGAGGAACUCGAAGCUUUUUGAACCAUUUCUGCUGCGAGAGGCAGGGCGCCCCCUGCUGGAGAGUCAUUGUACAGUCACGCUGAGUCCAAACGUACCAAACCAACCUUCUAGCACAAAAACACUAAACUCUGGUGACAUUUUGAUUAAAAGACACGCAAAAACAGCUGAACGUGUCUGCCGUCUGCUCUCCAGACGUCUUCAGUUUGGUCACAGGUGCCGCCUUUCAGUUUUUAAGCUUCACCUACAGGUUUAACAACGCUCCCAUCUAAACAUGAAAACAUAAGAAACUCACAUUUAUAACGUCCUACAAAGCUCAGUGACUCCACCCCCAAACUGUCACCAUAGAAACUGCACAAAACGAGGUUAAAAGAUCUGCUGCGAUGAUAUCCCAGAUCUUGAUGUAAAAUACCAACAUGUCAGAUGAGAUUUUUAUUUUUUUGGAACUGUUUUCAAAUGUAUUUAAACUCAUUCCAGAGGAUUACAGCAGUGGUGUCCAACCCUUUUCAGGCCACAGACCGGCUUCAUGUCAGACAAUAUUUGCACCGACCAGCCAGUACAAGGAUGAAGUUGGCCUAAAAUCUUUUCUUCCUUUAAGCUUCCAGUUUCCCUGAAAAACUGUCACUAUUAAUCCACAUUUGAAGGAAAGACGCCUGGUUUUUGUCUGUUAAGUGCAGAUUUCUUUUAUUUUGAAGUGGAAGGCUCUUCUUCUGUUUCCUCUUUUCUGCCAAAAGAAUCUUUCCGUUACGUUUGUUUUUGUUAACAUGGCUAGCUUGAAGGUUUCCGUUUAUCAGUCGGAGCAGUCGCUUUAAGAAAGUAUGGGAUGAAUCUUCCACACGUGACCGAGCGACUUGACCUGCGUCAGGAAUGAGUUGGAAGUGGUGAAGAGAAUCCAGUAGUUUUCCCAAAAUUAAACGUCUUUCAGAGUCAGAUUAGAAAUAAAACGGAAAGGUGGUGUUUUUGGUUUUUAUCUCUGCAGCCCGGUACCAGCUGCCCAACGGACCGGUACCGGUCUGUGCUCUGGGGGUUGGGGACCACUGAAUUACACAACUUCACACCUGUUUCUUCAGUCUAAUCUAGAAAUGCAGCUCGUUAGAAAACACAUCAGUGACUUUCGCACUGCACCGUUGUUAAGGUGGUAGUUUUUUUAAGGUAGAAAAAAAAAAUUUUCACACACAAACACAGCUGUGUUGAUUAGCAAAUGAAGCAAUAAACAACAGCAGCAUCUUUGACACCAGACUGUAUGUUAACUUUUAGUGCAAGGUCAUGCCUCUGGACUCUCUACUGAAACCAGCCUCAAGUGGUCAUUUGUGGAACCACAACAUUUGGUAUUUCUGGGGUUUGCUUCAUGUUUGUGAAGGGAAUGUGCAAAAACGCUGGUUACUAAGGAAAAUUGGAAAAA